GAAAAGGGUUGUUGAACCGAGAGGAAGUGUUUUCUAUGUCGUCCCUGUUUUGGAGAUAGAGUGAUGUCACUGAGUUUAUUGAGGUUGGACGAGCAGGAGUGGUGGCACUGCUAGACCUAGAAGUAGAUCCGAAGUGACAUUAAUUUCAGAUGGGAAAGUCACCUGACCUUGAAACCGGAUAAAAUAGCCCUUCUGGUUUUCCGUUCGUGUGGAUCUUUGUGAUUUGGUAGUUGCGUAAACGUGCUUGUGCUAGAAGAGGGCGUCGAUGGCAUUCUAUGUAUUUUCUUCGAUGACACUACAGCAAGAGAAGUAAGACGAAGACUGUCAAAAUGGCGCCCGCCGCGUCCCGUUCUAUAGUGCGAACGACUUCUCGUGCUACAACGGCUGGACUAUAUCACAGAACGAUGUCGCCUAUGAAUCGCAGCGGAAACAAUGCAGAGGGGCGGAAUGUUAAAGCGAAUCAAACUAGAAAACUUCAGCGGAAGUGCGCCUCCAGUGCUACAUCCACUUGUCGCUCGCUCGUCGCUUUCUGGGCUGCAACAGCAGCGAGUGGUGCAACAGGAGCGUUUGCUGAGCUUGUACGACGAGAAGCAGGCGGAGCUGCUGCAGCAGGAGGGGCGACAGGUGGAAUCGCCGGCGCCUCGUCCCCGUCGUCCUCGAGUGGCGCGGCUUAUGCAUUGCAAGAAUGUACUGCUUGUCGUCAUCAUACCCACGCACAUACGGUUUCGAGGGAUUGUUCAAAAGACCACAACUUCCUGCCACAGGAUGAGCAGGGGCAUGAACUACAUGAACAUGAAGAAGAUGGAGAGCUACAUCAACAUUGGCAUGCACAUUUCUGCUCGUCUCGUCUUGCUCUUGCAGCUCGUAGUUGUACUUACGUGCGUGUGCCAGAUGAAAGAUGUUUUUGCACUGCAUAUCGCUGGUUCGGCUAGUCAAGAACUCCGGAAACUAGGAAAGCUGGCUGGCGGAAAUCCCCACCGGAGAGGACCAACCGGAUUUUUGCGGAGACACCAUGAGGACCAGAUUGGGGGGCGACACGAAAGCCUGUCAUCCACUUCAUCUACCCUGCAGUUACUGCAAAAGAAGAAGCUCGCGGCGUCCAAAGUCAAUGUCGGCACCGCUACCGCUUCAUCUACCAGCAAGACGUCGAGCAACGGGCAGACGGCCAUUGCUUCCUCAUCGUCUUUAAAGCUGAACUACAGCAAGGUGGGAAAAAUUACCAAGCAAAGACAAGCUCAGAAGCUGCAAAAGAUGAACGAGAACGCAUCGGCGCAGGUGGAAAAAAGCCAGUCCACUGCACAACAAGAACAGAAAGCGGCCGUCGAGAAGAGCAAAAAAAUCACGCGUCGACACUCGAAAAUCGUCGAGCAGCUGGAGGCGUUUGUCUCGACGGAGGAUUUGUCACAAGUAACGCCAAGCCUGAUCAGCGUACCAUCCCUGCCAGAGGCGGAGUACAAAGGCCUACUCACCGAAUUCGUCAACAACCAGGAAUCGCGCUACAUCGAGAACGACGGAAACAAGAAGGCCCGGGAAUACAUCAAGGCCUACCUGUAUGGAUAGAAAAAACGUAGCGUUUCUGCACUGUAAACUUCGAAUAGUAUCAUGCAAAAAUGCAUAUUUGAGCCGUGCUGUCUUUCUCUCUUGGAAAGCACGUAUGGCAGAUCUUAUUCUUUGUCAUGUGAAGCGAGACUUUAACUUGUGAUGCAGAUCCUGCAAAGUCAUACAUGUUUACACGAGAAGCAUGCUUUUUGUGCGAUAUCCCGGAAAAAUUGCCGAAUUUGGACGUGCGCGAGGAGGAGUUCGACUGCUCCGUAUGAGAGUGCAAGAAUUCGCCCCCUUUUUACCCCGCUGUCUUCUUGAGUUGAAGGUAUAUGCAAGAUAGCAAAGCCAAAGAACUAUCGAAAUCGUCCACUCUUCAUCACUCUCGCUAUUUCUAGCAGCACAUCUACUUUUCAGUCGGUUCGGAUGAACAAGGCAAAGGCUAGCACACGCCGGGUCGUGCAAGUGAAUGUGUCAAGAAGCGGUUGGUGACUCAUGUUGUGAAACAGUAUGCUGCCGAGCCGUUCAAAUGAAGGGAACAACAAGGGGAGGUGGAUUUAAGUACUCUCAUACUCCGGCGUAAAGUGCUACAACGUCGUUGCCGAGCUGAAGGCGAAGAGCGGUAACGAAAAUCAGCCGAUCAUUGCGGUCGGGGCCCAUUACGACAGCCGUCCUUUCGGACAAAUCGCCCCCGGUGCCGACGACAAUGCCAGUGGAGUGGCAUGUACAGAAAAUUAAAUUAGCGUAAAGUAUUCUAUUAGUCUCUUCCUGACCCUUAGUGUCACAAUAUCAUUGUCUGAGUGAUCUAUUCCGGAAAUGAGAAUCGCGUCAACUUUGAAAUAAAACCACACAGCAAUGCUGAUCGCCGCCGAAAAGGCUACGAAGUACUUCGAGAAAGCGCAAACGGCACCAAACCGACCGAGUAUCGCCACGGGAAAAACCGCACGCAAUGAAAUUCAAACCCAGUGUGUCGCUGCAUGUCUUUUGUAUUAACAGGGCACUGGCCGCGCAAUGACAGAAACUUCUAGGAAGUUUAAGCUCUUGUAUCUUGCGAGUAGAAAGAAUGCCCAUGAUUUGCUAAGUAUCGUUAGUUUAGCAGUCGAAAUGUGAUAUUUUUCCCUUCCUCCGUAGUAAGUUGAGUAAACCUACCUCAGACACGAGGACGAGAAAUGAAAAAAAAAUGAAAAUGGAUUUAGUUUACGCGCAUUGGUUAAUACGAUUCGAUUGCGAUUUAUCUUUCCUGUUCCAUACCCAUCUACUUCGUGGCCUUCAGCGCUGAGGAGGAGGGGCUGUACGGUAGUGCGGCUUUUGCAGAGAAAUUGCAGGAGCAGAAAAAAUCCGUCUACCAGGCCUUGAUUAUGGACCAGGUAGUAUUGUGAGUCAGCGACAAGGGAGAUCUGCAAAAGAGAAACAAAUUCGUUUAGCAUUGCGUUUCCGCAUGAUCGUUUUUGGAAUUGUUCUUCGUGUCAGUAUAACAUGUGUUGAUGAAGAAUAAACAUUCCGAUAUUAUUAAACAUACAAAACGAUUCUCUCCAGGUUGGUUACCAGAAGACUCCGAGUGGUCCGACCGGUCUGAUUUUCGAAACGAAGGGCGAGUACCCGGACCCCAGCCUGGACCACACCAAGCAACCCCAGCAGCACCUGGUGAACCUUCUAGGCGAACUUUCGAAGCGCAUCGUGUCGCACGACGACCCCUCGAAGCUGGACCUGUCCGUCAACUACCACGGCUUCGGUUCCGACCACAUCUCCAUGCUGAAUCACCACUUCCCGGCGGUUCUUCUCAUCGAGCGCGACAACCUGGUAUGCAGCGCAAAUUAAUCUCCUCCCUGUCUCGAACAACAAGUCUGGCAUAUGUAGGCAGAACGAAGAUGCUUGUUGCACGUCGAUCAUGCAGCUUUAUUUCAUUCUAUCAUCACGGCCUCGGCCCUGCUUAGAGGAUAAGCCUCACCUGACAUAAGAUUGCACGAAAUAUUGCGACCUCCGACGGAGGUCGCAAACAGAAAACGACGGAUCCUCGUUUUGGUUUUCUGUUUAUGCGAUACAGAUUCGUGAUGUAUCGCCCAGAAGACCCAAAUGAAACCAAUGAGGCUUGCCAUCAAAACUAUUUUUUUCUCUUCGAGAUAGUUGAGAACAGUUUGUCAUGCAUAUUAGGAUGCGGAGGCCAAAUUUGGGCACACAAUCGACGACACGCUGGACAACAUUUCGUGGCCCUUUGCAACGAGGAUCGCCCAGCUGGCCUCGUACGCAACGAUCGAGAUGGGACUGGAAGAAAUUACUGGGUCGUCUUCAAACCUCACCGCCACAACCUCGGACUCAACAACGACCAGCGAAGAUGGUAGUACUGCUACAUCCACAACCUCGCAAGAAGCCGGUGGUGAGGCAGGAACGGCCGCUCCUGUGGCGACAGCUUCAGCAACCACCUCAUUCUUGUAA